UCGCACCAGCUUGCACACUCCGCAUCCUGACGACCUAACGUUCCUGUUCACCGUUCAGUUCUUGUAAUCGCGCCGAUCGACCAGGAGGUGUUCAGUGGUCCCCCGGCUGUAUCGCCUGACGUUCCCCGGUCGUCGCCGAUCUCUUUUUAUCUCUGUCUUCUCGUUCUCCGCGUGCUUCGUCCGGUCGAUCACCAUGUCGAGCGAAUUCCUCGGGAAACGUUACAAGCUCUUCAGCAGCGAGAAUUUCGACGAGUUCAUGAAGGCGCUCGGCGUGGGUAUGGUGACCCGUAAAAUGGGCAGCACCGUCAGCCCCGUCGUCGAACUAACGGAGAAAGACGGAUUGUAUACGCUGAAAACGACCAGCCCCUUCAAAAACACCGAGAUAAAGUUCAAGCUUGGUGAGGAGUUCGACGAGGAGACCGUGGACGGCAGGAAGGUGAAGAGCGUCUGUACUCUGGACGGUAACAAACUUGUGCAGGUGCAAAAAGGCGAGAAGGACACCACGAUCGAGAGGGAAUUCAGUCCCACAGAGAUGAAGGCGAUUAUGAAGGUCGAUGACAUAGUCUGCACGAGGGUAUACAAGGUUCAGGAAUAAGAGUUCAGUACCAAAGCUGAAGACGUGCACAAGGUGCUCCUAGAAGCAUUCCAACGACUUGUAAAUUAUCGAAAUUUCGCUUGAACGUGAAUGAGAUAUAUGCUUUUUUUUGUUAACGGGAGAACCUUCAUAAGUCCUCUCGACUCUCGGGGAAGGACGGAGGGGUAUGCCGGAUUCUUACCGGCUAAAACCCCUCUAGGCCUUCCUCGAGUGUUGGGGGACGCCGGGAAGUGGAAUUUGCAUUACUUCCAAUGUAUGAGAUAUAUGCUGAUAUAUAGCGUCAGAUUAUAUUAUAUAUAUAUGUAUAAACUAAAUAUCAUUUACGUUGAAGUGUAAUUUUACAAAAAUUACCGUACAUAUGUUUUCUACGAAAUUAAAAUUCGUAUAUUUGAUAUGCAUGCGUUCGUAAAAUGUAUCGUAUGAGAACCGAAGUAUAAAGUAGUCAUCUGUUGUGCACAGAUUCAUAUACAGAUAUUUCUAUUCAUAUCUCGCGGAUUACGUAAUGAAAUAUGUAAUACCGUCAGCUAAUUAUGUUCCACAUACAGCAGUCGCUGUAUCACCUAUUUUAUGAAUGUUUGCUUUUUUCUACGAAUAAUAAUGAUUAAUGGAAA